AUGUUAGUGAUCCCAAAAACUGUCAGGCUAGAUGUUGCCAUUCCAGAGGCCCAUCAGAAAGUCUUCACAACAUUGUUGAGGGUCAAUGCUGAGAAGGGUCUUAAUACUACCCUUCGUGUCGCCGGUGGGUGGAUACGCGACAUGCUUCUCGGGUUGUAUUCUAACGAUAUUGAUAUCGCCAUCGAGUCACAUUCAAGCACUUUGAUAUCGGGGGAGCGAUUUGCAAGCGAAGUAUCGGCCUUUGAGGCGGUAGAAAGCGGGCAGGCCCGGACAGUAGGCGUUAUUCGAGUUAACCCAGCCCUCUCCAAGCAUAUCGAAACUGCUACUGUAUGUGUGUGCGGCAUCCCGGUCGAGUUCUGCGCACUUCGAGCGGAUGAAUACUGUGAAAACUCCCGCAUCCCACAAGUAAGGCCUGCAACUCCCUUGGGUGACGCUCUCCGAAGGGAUUUUACCAUCAAUGCUCUCUUUUAUAAUCUCAACACUAACAUGGUAGAGGACUACACCACAGGCCUUGAGGACCUCCGUGAGCGUAUUAUUCGUUGCCCACUUUCUCCAAGGGAAACGUUUCACGAUGAUCCGCUUCGUUUGCUGCGAGGGGUGCGCUUUAUCGGACAACUGGGAAAACUGAAUUUUUGUCUUCAUAGCAGCAUCCUUGAGUGUGUGGACGACGAGCUGUUGGACAAGCUGUGCCAGAAGGUGUCUCGGGAGCGUGUUGGUAAAGAAUUCACCAAAAUGAUGACUGCUCCUCUUCCCGAAAGAUGCGUUGAGGUUCUUUUUGAGAUGCGUUUGCUUCAAAAAUACUUAUUGGCGGAGGUGUAUAUGAAGCAGUUGCCUGGCAAAAAGAAGUUUUCAUCGGAAAUCGAAAGAAUAGAAUAUUUACUUGAAAAAGAAUCUGAUGGCCAGGUCUCUCUCGCGAUCGUCGUGGAGCUCAACACCAUAGUAUCUCCACUGUUCUCAAACCCCUCUUCACUCCUCUUUGUGGAAGAGAGGGAAAGACUAAUGGCCAUGAUGUUUGAACUUAUAAUUCCAUUUUAUCGUGGUGCCACACCACUUGACGUGGAAAAGCGCCUUUACGCACUCUGUAUUAACGGUUUAAAGCUUCCAUUACAUACCUUUCACUGUAUUCAGGGCAUGGUGAACUGUUACAACGUGCUUCGAAGCCAUCGCCUGUCCAUUACAGACCUGCAGCAGUGUGUCGUGCAAGAUUCUACUAAGUUAAUCAUUUUUGAAGCUCUUGGCCACUUAAAUAAUGCUUCUGUUAUAUCGAACGCUUUCAAUAUUGUUCUUUAUACUUUCCUGAUAUUGGAGGAGCACAUGAACCUGUUACAUGCCACCGGGGAGCCAGAGGGAAUAAUGGACUUUUACAUACCGCUAUGGCGCCGGAUAAAGGCGCAACAAGGCUUACUCGAUGCCUAUAGGCUUCAACUACCAGUAAAGGGAAGCGAUUUGAGAACCAUUGAAGGGAUAAAGACAAGCGACAUUGGAGCUUUAUUAAUGGAUAUUCGUAAAAAAGUCGUACUGAAUUCAUCAAUUACUCGCGAAGAAAUUAUCGAUUGGCUAAAAGGGGUGGGUGCAAGUAAUCCAAAGGAUUGA